AGAGCUCGCGCAGUCAACCCACGUGUAGUCACUUCCUGUAAGGGGGUGUCCUGAUCAACACACUCAAAGAUCUGUUUUGAAGUGUUUUCAAACCAUGGAUGAGUUACCUGCGGACCUCAGAGCAUUUCUCCUGAACCACCCAUUCCUGCAACUUACAGACGACAAAAAGAUCAAAUGCACUCUGAAUGGCCACGAGUUUCCAUGCAACCUGACCGAGAUACAGAAGUUCACUAAAGGGAAGAAAUAUGAGAAACUGAGUGCUGCAGCAGAAUUCAACUACAGCCAGUAUGAACCACACAUUGUACCAAGCACCAAGCAACCCAAUCAGCUCUUCUGUAAACUGACCCUCAGACACCUCAACCGGCAGCCGCAUCAUGUCCUGAGACAUGUUAACGGGAAACGCUUCAAGAAAGCCCUCUCCAAAUAUGAAGAGUGUGUGAAGCAAGGGAUCGAGUUUGUUCCGGCCAGACUCACACAGAAAAAGCCCAGAGACAGCGGAGAGGAGGUCGGUGGGGGGAGGCCCUCAAAACACGGGAGCAACAUGUGGGAAGCCGCGUCCAGUGACGAGGAGCGCAGUGACUCAGAGGACAGCAUGAGUGACCUCUACCCUCCCACCAUGUUCACUUUAAAAAACCGGGCAGGUGAAAGUAUGGAGGGCGAUGAGGAUGAGGAGGAGGAUGACUUCCAGACAGAUGAAGAGGAGGAAAUGGAGGUAGAUAAGCCAGCGCAGCAGAAGCGAAAGAAGGUCCAGGGCGGUGGUUUUCAGAAGAAAUUCAGGAAAAAUCACUGGAAAUCAGGACGUAAGAAACAUGGAAAAGUGCCGAACGGAAAGUAAAAAAAAAGAAAAACCAUAUAUGUAAAGUAUUUUUAUACCUGGUAAUUAGUCAAGGAACAACACUGCACUUCCAGUUUGGAGUAGUAUUCCUGUUUGAGCCAGUCUGACCUUUUGUACAAAUGAAAAUGCAUUUGAUGAAAGGUCUGUUUUCCAAGUUGUGUUGAUGCACAGCUUCCACGAGGCUGGUUUACGUGACAUGAAAAAUGUGUUAGAGGCAGCAAACACAUCAUUUUACCUGGAUGAGUUAUAUGGUCUGGUUUGCAACCAAGUGUGCAAGUAUAAAAUACAACUCAGUUUGGAUUUGCAAA